CUGUAUGAUUUCUCUACGUUUGAGUAAGCGGACCGGUAGGCUCAUCGUCUACAGGGGAGACAGUCAUGCAAUACUACCCGAUAACUUCGGCAAUGAAUGUGCCGUUAUACGCUCCAACUCCAAUUCAACCUGCCCAGCCAACUCCUUUUUAUAUCGAAGACAUACUAGGAAGAAAUGGAACGCCAACCUCAUCAGCCGUUGUCUCCGCUCCGACUCUACCAUCCCCUAACUCGUCUUUCACUACUUUUCUAUCACCUUACCGGAGUUCGAUCUGCGAGCCGACGCCAGUCCACCCUGCGGCUUUAGCGCACCACGCCGCGCUCGCCUCUCCGUACGCACCGGGGCCUUUCUCGAGCCCUGUCUACCCCUUCAACAGGGCAUUGGGGGAAUACGCGCAAGCACUCAUCAGACAAGAUGCUCUAGGAAAACCACUGUUGUGGACCCCAUUUAUUCAGCGUCCUCUACACAAAAGGAAAGGCGGACAAGUUCGAUUUUCCAAUGACCAGACAAUUGAACUAGAGAAAAAGUUCGAAACACAGAAGUAUCUGUCUCCACCGGAGAGAAAACGGCUGGCCAAAUUGCUACAAUUGAGCGAGCGACAGGUGAAAACUUGGUUCCAGAAUCGCAGGGCGAAAUGGCGACGAUUAAAACAGGAAAACCCACAGUGCAGUAAACGGGACAUUGAGGAGGAAAACGAGGAGCGACCGUUCGAGGUUGGAGUCAGUCAGCAGCAGCACAAUAACGCCACACAGAUCUCUCACUGCCACGGUCAGUGCCCCUCCACAUUCUCACAGGAUGACAAUGAGUCUGGCAUCUCGGAGAACUCGGAGCAAGAGUUGGACAUUGAGGAUGAAUUUCCUCCAACUUCGUAGUGAUAAAACCUCUCGCCACUUUUCUUUCAUUGUUAUUAAGUGUAAAUAUUGAUGAUGAUGAUGUGUAUGAUGCAUUUUAAUGUCUGUUUGUUUUUGUUUUUGUUUUUUUAUAGAUACAUGAAUGUGUGAGCAAGGGUGUAGCCCAUGGCAUGGACCAAGUUGUUAUAGAUUAUCUUUAUUCUGAAGAUGAACAGUUCACACAUUCAUUUUGAAUCCUAUUGGCAGGAUUUUUUUGUUUAAAAAAGUGCCUUUUUUAAUUAAAUGAACAGCCUACUUUGGGUACUCAUUGGGCCAAUUGAAAUGUGUGCCUUGGAAAAAAAGCAUCUCAGGCUAGUGAAAUAUGUUUCAAAAAGAAAAUAUUUAAACACCACCUUUUGGCAUUUGUCAGUAAAUGCAUAUGUGAACAAUAAGCAAGUAAACUUAGUCUAUAAAAUGAUGCGUUUUUAUCUACUAAAUUAUCCAAUGCUGCAAAACCUUAUCACCAUAUGGUUUUACUGUGGACAAUAUAGCUUCCUUAUUUUUUUUCAACUGACAUUACACUCUAAAUUAAGACAUGUUAUUAUUGAAAUCUAAAUCUUUCUUUAAAAGUCUUUGGAUAUGCUACAGGCUCUUAGACUGUUAUCACGAUGAAUGUUUGCAUUCACAGUGCAUCUUCCGUAUACCCCACUCUUAUCAUUUGUGCCAUCAGAUGUUUUAUCUAGGCUAUAAUUGAUUAGCAGACAAUCAUUUGGGUAACUCAAGUAGAGUAGUUUAUCUUUGUUAAUAAUUGCAAAGGAUGCAAUGAACAUGGCACUUGUGAUAUUUGGUUGUAUUUCGUAUGAUUACCCUUAGUUCAAAGAGCUCAAAUACCAGACCAUUCCAAAAUCAAUAGUCAGCACGUCAUUGUACCAUGAAGUCUUGUAUGCUGGGCAGCAGUGGACAAAACAGAGGUUGCUGUGUUGAGUCCAUUUCUCUGUAGCACAGUUUCAAGGAAGGAGAUGAUGAAAAUUCACUUAGACUGAAAUUCAGAGUGAAACUGUAUGGCAUUGGUACAGAAAUAACCACUUCGAAACUAUCAAGUGGCGAUCAAUGUUUUGUAUUCCAACCAUUUUUAGACGAAAUAGGCUGCUGUAAUGUCCCACAUUAUAGGGUUUUUCAAAGCAGCAGGGUCAAUAUUUUUGCUCCCCUUUUCCUUGAUCAGAAAGCUUCCAGUAACAAGAUGAAUCAAUUUAUGAACCAUAUAAAAAAACAUGAAAAAACACAUUUUUUCAUAUUGCAUUCCGUUCGAUUUUCUUAGUUCAUAAUUCUGGAGCUCUACAUCAUUUCUUACUGGAUCCGGGACACAUACUUUUUGUUAAGUGUUUAAUGUGGGUUUUUAAGUAUAUAUUCUUCUUGUCUGGUUCAGUUUGCAAUUUGGACAUCGGGUACAAAUCUGUUUGUGACAAGUGUUGUUUAAGCUGUUGACUGGAAAGCAUUUUUUGUUCGUUACAAAUACAGUGGUGCCUAAACAUUAA